AUGCCUGAUUAUCCCGGUCUUAGGCAUUUCAAGAAGGGAAUAUCUAUGGUAAAGCAGUGGACGGGGACAGAACACAAAGAGAUGCAGCGUGUGUUUGUUGGGCUACUUGCUGGCGCUGUGCCUAGUUGCGCAGCACUUCUAGAUUUUUCGUACUAUGCUCAGGCUUCAACGACCAUUUUAAUAUUCCCAAAUUACAUCAGCUCUCUCACUACUGUUCAGUCUAUCCUAUUGUUUGGUGCUACAGACGCUUUAACAGCGAACUUCCAGAACGUUUGCACAUCGACUUUCGCCAAAGAAGUGUAUCGCGCCAGUAACAAGCGGGACUAUGAAGAACAGAUGGCCUUAUGGCUCCAGCGCCAGGAGGCAGUCUUCCUGCAUGAGAUGGAAGGGCCCGACACUGUCCCUGUCAAUACACUUCCCAUCCUCCCUGAGCAACGAACGGUCCACUCUCUCGCUAAGACGCCUGCAUACCCUCAGCGUUCAGUUCAGCACCUCCCCUUAAGUUGUUUUCUGCGCAACCACAUGCCGCACGCUAUCAUUACCCCUGGUCUGCAAGACCGUUUCGACGUAUUUCGACAGGUAGUAAUCACUGCUCCACCUAAUCCACUCAUCAGUGAAUCACCGAGGCAGUGGCGUGUUAGAGCCACGCCUGAAGUGCUUCCUGGACGUGGACGCAAGCCUGGAUCUCCCGCUAACAAUGGCAUUCAGCCGCGCACUUUAGAAGGUAUGCGAGUGGGACAGGUUCGCGUUAUUUUCACUCUGCCGCGUCAAUUUGGGACCUACUCGCGAGCCUUAGCUUACAUUGAGUGGUUCACACCACUCAGGGAGCCGGACCGCUCAUCUGGCCUGCACCAAUGUCGUGUUUGACUCGUCGGCUGCACCGGAAUGCAGCGGUGAUACACGUUGAUGAAAUCGCUCGUCCUUGCCAUCUUAUUCCGAGGAUGGGACAAGCUGUUGACCGUGGAUGGACUAGCGCAAAUGUCUAUGAGUCCGCAAGUGAUUUUUACUUAACUAGCUUUAUUGACCUUGAUACAUUCUGCAUGUCCGCUAUUGAUUAAUUUUGUUGCUACUCAGCUACUAUUGACUACAGACUUCAAUUUGACUAUUGUGCCUCCAAGUGUCCGCUGUAGUCUGCUGUACUCUGCUGUAGCCCGCUGUAGAUCUAUAUAGUCUGAGUCACGGCUACAUUAGGUACAUAGAACUAUGGUAGCUAUGUAGUGCUACAUAGCUCUCACCAGGGCUCCCACAAAAUUUGUUUUUUCCUGA